CUCACUCUCCUAGCCAUUGGAGCAGAUGGCAGCCAGCUGACCGGCACCUACGAGGGACUGGUGUGGCUCUCCUCCCUCUCCAACCUGCAAUCGCUGAAUCUUUUUGGCUUGGCGGAGUUCACAGGGAGCUUGUCCUCUCUGCACGUUGUCUCUCACCUCGAGAAUCUUCAAAGCCUGACACUCAAAUCGCUCACCAAUGCCACGGGGGAGAUACCCAGGGAGAUCCGAUACCUCACGGCCCUCACUGCACUUGAUUUGUCGUAUCUUCGGGCCUUGGAGUUCCCUGCUUGGGUGACUCACCUCUCCAUUCUUCAAUAUCUCAACGUGAACGCGGACGAGCCGCGGCGGCAGGGGUUGUUGUCGGAUGACAUCUCACACCUCACAGCGCUCACCAGCAUAUCCCUCUCUGGCAACAACCUGGACGGAUACGUGCCUAAGAGCUUCUCCUCUCUCCUCAACCUGCAAUACCUGUGA